AAUCGAGCCAAUAAAUUAAAAAAAAAUUUGUAAUUUUUUUAUUGUUUUUCAAUUCAAUUUUUUGUGAUGCCUUUUUUUCUGUCGAAUUUAAUUCGCAGGAAAACCGCAGCAACAAAAAUUCAAAUAAAAAAAAACCAAAAUCAUCACAACAAGGAGAGGUACCCCCUCAUCACCACACCCUUCUAGAGAUCUAAAUCGGUUAUAUAUUUUGGACUCGGUAUAUCGGUUCGAGAUCGGUCCGGUACGGGCGGUAGAAAGUCGGAGCAGAACUUUAAACGGGCGCGUCGCUACCUUUUUUUGGAGGUUUUCGAAAAAAUAAGCAACUAAAGUUGGAAAAAGCUACUCAAAAUCCAGUAAAAAUGCGCAAAUUUCGAAUACAGUCCAAAACGGGUUUAUAAAAAAAAAUACAACAAAAAAACAACAACAAGCUGCGAAAAAGGAUCCUCCAAUGAUCAGCCAAGGAAAUCCACUCCAAUGGUUCAUCAACGCAAAUGUGCUACCUACCAUCAUGUGCGAGUGAAGAAGAAGAGAUCAACAAAUAAUUAAAUUUAAAUUUUAAAAAUUACAAAAAAAUAAAAAAACAAUCUUAAAAAAAAAAUAAAAGCAAAUAUUAGUAGUGUUGUAUAAUGUUUAAUGGGAAGGAGGGCGCCCAUUUAAAAUAAAAAAAAAUAAAAAUAAAAUAAAAUGCCGCCCCUCCCCCUUCCCAUGUGGCAAUGCUCCACCUAAAUCAAAGUAUAAGAAGAAGAAAAAGAUGAUGAAGAAAAAGUAGCAGAUUCUGCUGUGAAGUGUUCCGUUAUCGAAAAAUGGUACGCGACAGUAGCCGCAACAAUUGUUUUGGAAAAUUAACAGCCGAAACUCAUCAGCAGGAGCAGUCUAAUAAUAAUAUUAACAACAACAACAACAACAAUUAUAAACAACAAUAAUAAUAAUAAUCAGAUAUUGAAAAGGUGCGUAUCCUUGAAGCGACACUGCCUGCCUCAAGUCCUGGAUUAUUGAGGCAGCCAUUGAGUGACGAUGAUAGUGAUGUCUACAGAGGAACCACCGACAAACAGCUACGAAAGGAACUACUACGACCGCACCAACAGCCGCUUAGUCAGUCAAUAUCAGUCGAACGCCUCCAUACCCCACUCCCACGCCAACGCCCACGCCCACGCCCACGGCCACACAAAUUCCAACGCCGCCAGUCCAGGAUCCUCGGAGAGAUCACGCAAUAGAGAUCGCCUGUACAGGAAUGGUACUGCCAGUGGUCACAGCAGCAACAGCAUCAACAACAGCAGCAACACGACGACGACGACGACGACGACAGCAGCAGCGGCAACAGCAGCGUCAGCAGCAGCAGCAGCGGCAGCGGCAGCUGGAGCAGUAGGAGUAGGAGUAGGAGUUGGAGGAGCUGGAGCUGGAGCUGGCGGUGUAGGUAUAGGUGUAGUUGGUGGUGGUGGAGGAUUAGGAGGCGGUAUCAGUUUGGGAGCACCGCAAGCGCUUGGCGACCGGAGCAGCAGCCACAAUAUCCACCAAAAUCAACAGACAGCGCGGGUGGCACCACCACAGUCAUGGUACGAAGCCGCCGCUGCUGCAACGACGGCCCAAUUGAAAAGUCCUGGUGGCAGUGGCAAUGCCGGCGCCUCAGCAGCCGGUGGCUUCCCAAUGAGCAGCUCACCGAUCAAUCAGCAUCAUCCACACCAUCCGCCUCCACAUUCGCAACAGCAUCCGCAUCAGCAGCCACCUCCGCAUCUACAGAAUCCUCAACACCACCCGCAUUACAGCAGCAACAGCAGCAGUCCAAGCGGAGGUGUUGGAGGAGGAGGAGGCACCUGCUCAUCACCCGCCCAAUCCCAAUCCGUACACCGGAGCGUCGCUUAUGCGGGCAGUGCUCCUGCGGAUGAUUCGCUGGCCAACGCCACCGCCGCCGCGCGCAAGAUCCUCCUGCACAACAGUAAACACAAUAAGCUGUUAAAAGGGGCAGCAGGUACGGGCACGGGCACGGCCACUGGAACGGGAACGAGUAGUGGAGGAGCACGUUCUGGUUCGGAAUCGCCAGUUGGAGCGAGCAACGUUCCAAUGACGACGACAAGUACAAUCACAAACAAUAGUUUUAGUAGUAAUAGUUUAAAUAAUACAAUAACCACGGCAUCUCCAACCAUGCCCACGAUAGCAUCUGGAGGUAGUGGAGCGGCCGGAGCAGGAUCAGCAGCUGGUACUGGAGCAGGAGCGGGAGCAGCGCCAGGAAGCGGCAGUGGUGACAUUCUAAAUGUGGCCGCUACGUUGGCGGCCGCCGCGGACGGUAAUGGUAUGCCCACGCAUCCGGUCCGGACGCGACACCACCUGCACGGACGCAGCACCACCUCAUCCAGUCGCUCGCAUUCGCGAUCACCGAGCAGCUACAGCAGCUCGCACAGCUCCUCGUCGGCCUCCUCGCACUCCUCGUCCCACUCGCACGCGUCCAGUCCCGUCCAGUCUACGGGCAAUUGUGCGAUGGCGACGACAUCGUCGGAUGGUCGAAGCGGUCGCAACCUUCAGUCAGUGGCCGUAACCAGCAACUCUUCAAAUCCCAGUGGCAAUGCUGGUGUCGCCAGCACUGCAGUCAGUGGCGGAGGCUGCGGCUCGAGCUCAUCCUCCUCGAGCAGCUCCAGCUCGAGCAUAUCCUGCCUGACAGCCAAUCCUGUGGUGCAUUCCGAGGACAACCGGCCACUGGCGAUACGUGUCCGCAACCUGCCCGCCCGUUCCUCAGACACAUCCCUCAAGGAUGGUCUCUUCCAUGAGUACAAAAAGCACGGCAAGGUCACGUGGGUGAAGGUUGUUGGCCAGAAUUCGGAGCGCUAUGCCCUGGUCUGUUUCAAGAAGCCGGACGAUGUGGAGAAGGCGUUGGAGGUGUCGCACGACAAGCACUUCUUUGGCUGCAAAAUCGAGGUGGAACCCUACCAGGGCUACGACGUGGAAGACAACGAGUUCCGGCCGUACGAAGCGGAACUGGACGAGUACCAUCCGAAGUCGACACGGACCCUGUUCAUUGGGAACCUGGAGAAGGACAUCACCGCCGGCGAGCUGCGCGGCCACUUCGAGGGCUUCGGCGAGAUCAUCGAGAUCGACAUCAAGAAGCAGGGCCUCAACGCGUACGCCUUCUGUCAGUAUUCGGACAUUGUCUCCGUGGUGAAGGCAAUGCGCAAAAUGGAUGGCGAGCACCUGGGCAGCAACCGGAUCAAGCUCGGCUUCGGCAAGUCCAUGCCCACCAACUGUGUCUGGAUCGAUGGUGUUGGCGAGAAGGUCUCCGAGUCGUUCCUGCAGUCCCAGUUCACGCGCUUCGGCACCGUCACCAAGGUCAGCAUUGAUCGGAACCGGCAGCUGGCACUGGUCCUCUAUGACCAGGUGCAGAAUGCCCAGGCCGCGGUCAAGGAUAUGCGUGGCACGAUUAUGCGCGGCCGGAAAUUGCAGGUGGACUUUGCGUCCCGGGAGUGCCAGGACGCUUUCUACGACAAGCAGGAAAAGCAGGCGCAGCAGCAGCAGCAGCAAACACAGAGUGCUGGUUCCUCUUCGCGCUUCAAUCGCUACGAUCCAACCGCCUCGACGUCGCAGUCCCGCUCGCGGGCCUCUUCGUUCAGCCGGCACCAGAACAACUCCAACGAUGGUAGCUCGCCCAGCAACACGCCCGGCAGUGCAGUUGCCAGUGCCGCCAGUGGAGCCAACAGCUCCAGCAGCAGUUCAACCAACCAAAGCACCAUCGGAAGCGGGGGUAGCACCGCCAGUAGCAGCACCAGCUCGUCCAGUAGUGCCAUGCCAGCGCCAACGGUCGGAGCUACUGCAGUGCCGGGAACAGCCCUGCCACCGAUGGGUGGAUCGUCGUCCGCCAGUUCCAUGGCCAUGUCGCAGGCAGCCUUGGCGCAACGGAUGCGAAUGGCGAGAAGCACCCGGCACACCGUCGACUUUGACUUCAACGAUGCCAGCGGAUCUGGAGGAGUUCGGGCCCGGAACUUUCGCAGCUUCGAGGAUCAGAACAACAGCAGCGGUGGACCAGAUGAGGAGGCGCGCUCCGAUUCUCCAGUAGUGUCCCGCCUGGGAGAUCCCCUCGAGGUGGCGAUGGCCAAUAGUCAGGCUGGUGCAGGAGCCUCUGGAAGCAGCAGUCGAAGGCGUUGCGAACAACUCGAGGAAUGCCCGUCCAGUGGUGAUGAGGGCGUGGUCAGUCCGCGGAAGCGCAUCAAAAUGGAUUACCACCAUCACCACCAUCAUUCCAAUGCCAGCGGGCUGGAGUCCACUGGCGACCACAGCAGCAGCAGCAUCAAGCCCAGCCCCAUUUCCCUGUCCAACUGUGAUGUGAUACACGAUCCCCUGAACCGCAAGAGCGAGAUUCGUCGGGUGUCCGAAACUGGCGGAGGCUCCACAGCCGGCAUCAAGUUCCCUGGCCACCAGUCUUCGGGUCCGACAUCCAUGAUGCUCAGCUGCCGGCGCCCGUCCAUCGACGUGGGAGCCCUGACGGCGCUCUCCAAUUCCUCGGCCUUUCGGCACGGUAUUGUGGGCGCCAGCAGCAUGGACCAGCAGCACCUGAUGAACGCCUCACUGGCGGCGAAGCGCCGACGUGUCACCACAACCAUGCAGCCAUCGGGAUCGAUCUCCAGCUGCAGUACCUCGAACGUGGGAGGAGCGUCGGGCUCGUCGUCGGGCCUGAGCGGUAUCAGUAGUCUGCCGACGGAUGAUUACCAUCACCAUGCCUCGAGGGGCAGGGGCCACCAGCUACAUUCCCAUCACUCGCACGAGGCCAGUGGCGGCGAGAGUGCGGACGGAUCCCGGCCAGGUACGCCGCUUUGCGAUGAGCGGCCCGAGGUGCUGCCGACGGAGCCGCGCCGCCUGCCGCCGCCCCGAGAGAGGGCGCGCGAGCGGAUUCGCGAAGUGAUGUGGCUGCCGCUACCCAAGUUCGGGGUGCUCUUCUUCCAGCAACAGCAGCAGCAGCUACAGCAGCAACAGUCCCGGCUGGGAUUAUCCUCGACGGGAGUCUCGGGCUCCGGCUCGUCAUCGGUGGGUGCGUCAUCCGCCUCCUGCUCCCUCAGCAACUCUAGUCUAAACGUGGGCUCGGGAUCGGCUUUCCUGCCCAGCCCAUCGUCGCGCUACUGGCGAUCCUCGUCGUCCUCAUCGCACCACCACCAGCAUCAUCACCAGCACCACCACCACCACGGCAACCAGCAGCAGUCGCAGCAACAGCCCCAGCAGCCGGGCUCUCAGGGAGGUACCUCCUCUAACUCCGGCCUGAUGGCCAGUCCGGCGCGACCCCGCUCCCUGAGUUCCAAUUCCAGCGACUCGGAUGUUCCGGGUCACAAUACGGGAGGCAGUCCGUCGUUGGACGAGCGGCUGCGCAACUUCGAGGAGAACUACGAACGGUGGUCGGGUGGCAGCAGUCGCGAGCACGGCUCAUCGUCGGGACACACUCCCUCGAGUGCCACACCGUCGUGGCAGCUGUCCAUGCACAUGAACCUGGGCACCAGCAGCCUCAACUCCCACCAACCCAGCUCCGGCUCCGGCAACAGCAACAGUUCCAGCGGCACCACCUCCAGCACGACGAGCAAUUCCCGGCACAAGUUCCUCGACAUCGAUGAGCUCCAGCCAUCGGACAUUGUGAAGUCGGUGCUGGCCAAGAAGAGCAUCUUCGACGAUGACUACCAGCGCCUGAAGAAGAACCAGUUGUUCGAUCCGGCCAGCUCGGACUUUGCCCUGGGAUCGAGUUCCUCUACCCUGAUUGGUUCGACCUUGGGUGGUGCCGGUGCGUCCCGACAUCCCAGCGGAAAUACCUCACCGGCCCUGCCCAAUCUGGCGGCCACCAAAACGACGCCCAUCAUCGGCAACUGCAGCGGGGCGAGCAGCAAGACGGGAGGCCUGCUCCAGCGACUGAGCAGCCUCUCACCGAUGAACUCUCCCCAGGCGUCGAUGUCGCCCUACAACAGUCCUUCGCCGUCGCCCUCGGUGGGCGGAAGCGUUAAUCUCGGCCAGCUGAACAAGCCCUCGGCACCGGGAGGACUCGGUGGAGCAGUGACAGCGUGCAGUGCACCGUCGUCCUCGCCCUCGGGCCCCACCAAAGGCCUGCAGUAUCCGUUUCCCAGCCACCCGCCAUUGCCCAACACGGCAGCACCACCACCGGCAGUGCAGCCGGCGCCACCACCGCCUCCGGAAAUGGCCAAGCAUCCACGAUCCGGGCACUCCAGUGGCCGCCGGUGGGGUUCUCUCACAAAGAGCCUGAGCGUGCCCGAUGCCAAUCCUCAGCAGCAGUCCCCGGCUCGGGCGCAACUCCAGAAGUCGGCGUCAGUGCCUGGGAGCACCAAUGUGGGCACCACCACCAGCAGCAGCGCGUCCUCCAGUGGCCCAGCAGCUGCAUCCAUAUCGUCCAGCGGUACUAGUUCCUCUAACAUCCAUGUACAAAAGCCAAAUCCCAGCAGCGAGGAAGAUCAGCACCAGCAGAAGAAGAGUGCGUCCUCAUCGGCCACUGCAUCCGCCUCCCAGUCGCAGUCGCAGUCCUCCAGUUCCAAGAAGAGUCAGGACAAGUCCAGCCACAAGCACAACAACCGGUCGGAGGGCGAGAAGAAGACCAAGAAGUCCGAGAAGAGUUCCUCCUCCUCCGACAAGCGCAAGAACUCGGCCACGUCGCAGUCCUCCAAGUCGGCCACUCCGCGCAUCGAAGACGACUCCAGCGACUCCGAGGAGCCGGCGGAGAAGUCCGAGAAGGAGCAGCGGCAGGAGCGCGAGAAGAAGGAGCGCCUGGAGCGAGAGAAGCGGGAGAAGGAGCUCCGAAAGCAGCAGGAACGGGAGGAGAAGGAGCGCAAAGCUCUGCAGGAGGAGAAGGAGAAGGAGGAACGCAAGGCCAAAGAAGAGCGCGAGAGGGAAAAGGAGCGAAAAGUCCAGGAGGAGAAGGAACAAAAAGAGAAGGAGGAGCGCGAGCAGCGGGAGAAGGAGCUGCGCGAGAAGGAGCUACGGGAGAAGGAGCUGCGGGAGAAAGAGCAGCGCGAGAAGGAACUCCUCCGAGCGAAAGAGCAACGGGAGAAGGAACUCCACGAGAAGGAGCAGCGGGAAAAGGAGCUCCUCCGUGAGAAGGAGCAGCGGGAGCGAGAGCAGCAGGAAGCCCGCAUGGCCAGAAUGCGAGAGCUCUCCACCUACCACAAGAGCAAGUCGGAGGCCAGCUCCGAGGCCAGCAGCUUUUAUGCCCACAACAACAAUCCCUCCCAGCAACAGUCCUCUGGCGCCUCCUCUGUGGAUGGCCAGCACAACAAGGAGAACUCCGUGGAUGCGGUGGCUCCUCCAGCAGCGGCCAGUACUCCCACAACAGCCGAGAACUCCUCCAAAGACCGGUCCCGGAAGUCAUCGCGGAACUCGCCAGUGCGGAUGCACAAGCGACGCCUCAGCUCGCAGGACAGCAACCAUAGUGGUGGUGCUGGUGGCGGUUCGUCCAGCCAGCAGAACCACCAUGACGACUAUGUGAAGCGCAUCCGGAUGGAGAAUUCGCAGCAGAACGCAGCAACCCAGAACAGCAACCAGCGACUGAACGACCGGCGGGACUCCAAGGAGCACAAGGAGCACAAGACCAGCAGCUCGUCCAAGGAUGAGAAGAACAACUGCUCGUCCAACUCCAAGUCCUCCUCCUCCAAGCAUCACCGCCGCGAAAAGCACCACCAGAAGAGCAGCUCAUCCCUGGAGACGGUGCCCUCGAUGGAAGUGGUGGCUUCUCUGGAUCCCAAGCAGCAACUGAACACCAGCGAAGAGGAGCAGCCGUCCCAGCCGAAACGGGAGAAGGAUAGAGAGCACUCCAGUGGCCAUCAUGGCCAUGGAAGCAGCUCGAGGCACAAGAGCAAGCGUGAGCACCAUCACCACCGCGAAAAGAAACGCCAUUCGGUGGCCGAGUCCACGAAUACGGACGAGGAGCAUCCACCGCACCGCAGAAUUUCGGCGGCGGGCAGUGGCUCGGCGGGAGAGCUCAGCUCAGCGGCCACGAACACGUCCAGCGGGAAACCACAUCACCACCACCACCGGCGCAGUCUGGAGCGCAAGUCGUCCCGGGGAUCGGAUGAAGGCCACCACUCUUCCAAGUCCUCGCGCAUCAAGCUCAUGAUGCUGAGCUCAGCGGACUCCGACGAUACGGACGAUGCCUCCAAGAAGCACUCGAUCUUCGACAUACCCGAUGACUGUCCCAACGUGUCCAUGUACGACAAGGUGAAGGCCAGGAGCUGCAAGAACAUGCAGCGCCAGGCGGAGGAGAAGAAGAUCAAGGCCAAGUUCUCGCAGCUGAAGCAGUCCCGGGCCAAGAAGAAGCGCUCCACCAGCUACGACGGCGACUCUGACACCGAGUUCGAGGACCGUCAUCAUCGGAACAGUGGCAGCAGCAGCUUCCAUGGCCGUUAUCCUGGUCUCUCCAGCAGCGACGACGAGGACGAGGAGGGCGAGGGUCGCAUGCAGCGGCGCAUCUUCUCCGACUCGGAGGUGGAGCAGGGAGAUCCCGAGCAGGGUGAGUCCAUGUCGGAUGCCAACCGAGCCAUCCAAAUGCAGAACCUGCGGCGACUGUGCGACGGUGACGACACGUCCGAGGACGAGAUCCGGCGCACUGUCCUGAAGCACAACUUUAUGGGCAAGCGGAACUCGCACUCCACCCGGAUAGCUUCCGACUCGGAGUCGCAGUCCCAGCCACCGCCGGAAGUGGUCAUCAAACAGGAGCCCGCUCCCACGCCGACACCGAUACCCACCCCGGAGCAGCUCAUCAAACAGGAGCAGCUGUCGGACAACGAGCAGAAGUUCAAGUCCCGCCACGACUCCAACUCAUCCAUGGAGGAGCGGAAGGUGAAGGCGGAGCGGGAGAUCAAGAAGGAGUAUGGAGACUUCUACAAUUCCUCCAGCUAUACCUACUCCGACUCGGGCAAGCUGAAGGAGUACUCCCCGGAGACGCGCAAGAAGCACAAGAAGAGCAAGAAGCGCUUGAAGUCCUCGUCCACGGUGGAGUCCUCGGCUCCUCCCACGCCUCUGGUGGUGACGCCCUCAACACCCUCGAUCUUUGACGUCCACACCCCCAAUACGAACACCCCAACAUCCUCGAAUGCCGGCGACUGCAAGGUGCGAUUCGAUUCCUUCGAUGACCUGAAAACGGAGAACCCUUCUCUGGCCAUGGACAUCUCGGCCAGCGAGCGGCGCAAGCACAAGGAGCGCAAGGAGAAGAAGCGCGAGAAGCUGAGGAAUCUCACCGAGGCCAACAGUGCCACCACAGCGAUUGGCGGCAACUCCACCGCCAACUCCGCCACACCCAUUGAUGUGACAUCCGAGAAGCUCUCCAAGGAGGAGCGCCACCGGCUGAAGAAGUCGAAGAAGUCCAAGAGCCUGGACACCUCCUCCGGCGCCAGGUUGUACAACUCCAGCGCGGGAGCCAUGCCGACGGCGUCUCCCAUGCCCGCCACACCCACCUCGGCACCACCGAUUCCACCCCAGCAGUCGAAGCGGGGCGAGGACAAGAUGGAGUACAUCUUCGGCAUCAUUUCGGACGAGGAGGAGUCCCAGUUCCCGGAUGAGCAGAGCGACAAUCACAAGGAGAUCUCGGCCAGCUGCGUGUCCAUUGCGGGACCCACUGUGUCGGCUGCCCUGCAGACCUACAAGCAGGAGCCCAUGACGCCCAGCAAGCAAGAGGUGGCUCUGCCAGUCCCGGACGAGCUGCAGCAACAGCAGCACCCGGUGGACAAGAGCCGGCAGGCGGGUGGCAGCAGCUCAUCGUCGCACGCCGAGCGGGAGCGCCACCGCAAGGAGAAGCGCGAGAAGAAGCGGCGCGAGAAAUCCCAGCGAGAACAGCAGCAGCAGCUCCAGCAACAGCAGCAGCUCUCCUCGAAGAUGGAGUCCAAGAUGGAGGACGACAACAGCGUGGACAUGGACGAGGCGGGCAGGGCGCUGGAGGCGCAGCUAAUGAUCGACUUUGACAAGCCGAUGCCCGAGGAGGCCACUCCAUCGACUGCCACCACCUACCGCUCGGACAUGGCGGACGUGUUCCGCUUCUCCGACAACGAGGACAACAACUCCGUGGAGAUCAUACCCAAGGGAUCGGGCAAAUCCGAGCAGCAGGAGCAGCACAAGAGCCGCGACAAGAAGAAGAAGAAGAAGCGGUCCAAGGAGGAGAAGCAACAGCAUCGCCGCGAGUCGCAGCCUCCAGUAGUGGCCUGCAACUCAUCCGCCGCUCCACCCACUCCCGGCAAGCUGACCGUCAACGUCCAAGCAGCCAGCAAGCACGCGGAGGAGCAGAUGAUGGAGACCACCACCAAGCAGCGUCCCUCGUCGCCUCCGAUGUGCAAGCCAUCGCCCAGCCUGCCCUGCCUGAUAGGGGACGAUGAUGAGGAUGUCCUGGUGCCGGCUCCUAAGGUCCCGGCUCCCAAGACGCCCGUCACGCCCACGAAUAGAGCCUCCAACGAUAGCCUGGUGACGCCGUCGCGUGAGAAGCCGCGCCUCAUCAGUCCGAUACCCAAGACGCCCACCAUCACGGCCAACAACAGCUCCAUGCUGUCCACCCAGUCGGCGGAGACGCCCGUCAGCAGUGGCGCCGGCGUGGGUGCCUCGUCGGCUCUGGCCACCACGCCCACAUCCUCGACAGCAGCGGCAGCGGCCAGCGAGUCGGCCGGAGUGGAAACCUCAUCCCCCACCGGCCAGAACAAGAAGAAGGACAACUUCAUUCCCGGGUUCGACGGCCAGCUGGAUGACAGGAUUAGCGAGUCUGCUGUCCAGUCCAUCUCGGCGGAGUUCAACUCCAGCACCUUGCUGGACCCGUUGGCGGACGAGCCCAAGAUCCCAGUGGCCUCGCCACCGGGAGCCGUCAAGCCCCCGGAGAAGAUGGAAGACACCAAGUCGCGGGUGACGAUCUCGCAGGAGGAGACCGAGAGCGCCGUGUCCGCCCUGCUGGGCGAGAGCUUCGGCACCUCCUCCACGGCGGACUACUCCCUCGACGGCAUGGAUGAGAUGAACUCGGUGAGUGAGGUGGAUACACCGGCGCCUCCUCUGGUCCUCGCCGAGCCGGACGAGGAAGCUGCUCUGGCAGCCAAGGCGAUCGAGGGUGCUGUGGAACCGGUGCCCAUACUGGAGGAGAUCGAACCAGAACCGGAGCCAGAGGCAGCGCCCGAGCCGGAGCCAGAGCCGGAGAACGAGCCCGAACCGGAGCCCGAGCAGCCCGCCGGAGUACUGGAUCCCGACGAGCUGAACAAGGCGGUGCAGAGCUUGCGGCACGAGGACAUGAUGGACAUCAAGGCGGACACGCCGCAGUCGGAGAGCGGUCUGCAGAUCGACACCGACACGGAGGAGAACCCCGACGAGGCGGACAGCAGUGGCCCCAGCCUGAAGAUCGACGAAACGGCCCAGAGCACCUCCUCGCCGGAGAAGUCCAUGGACACGAACACGAGCAGUUCAUCCGCACCAGUCAAGGUGGAGCCUCUGAAGCCCAGCCAGGAGAGUGCCAAGCCGCAGCCCUCGGUGAUCACCAAGCUGCCGUCCCUGGAGCCGCAGAAGCCAGUGGCCAGUGCGGUGCCCUCGCCGGCGAAGAUAGAACCGCCGACCAUCAGCAAGCUGCUGCAGCCUCUGGUCCAACCGGUCCAGACUGUGCUGCCGGCUCCCACUCCUGCCACCCAUGCCACGCCCGUCAUCAAUCUGGACCUGUCCAAUGUGAUGGGCAACUGCUCCAGCUCCAGCUCUGGGUCUGGAAGCAGCAGCUCCUGCACAGCCUCGCCAGCAGCGUCCGCUUCCAUGUCCUUCGGCAGUCCCACCACUCCCGGCCAGAACAUCAUGCCGCAGGCUUCCACACCGAAGCAGGCACCUCCUCCAGGGCCGCAGCAGCCACUCCGGACGCAGUCGCUCAUCAUGCAGCCACCAACUAUAUCGAUUCCCGACAACACACCCCACUUUGCGGUGCCGCAGAUGGUACUGUCACCGCACCAACAGCCCAUCCCAGGAUCCUAUGUCCUGGGCAUGCGAGCUCCGUCGCCGCACAGUCCUCUGCUGUCGCCAGGACGUGGUGGAGCGCCCAGUCGCCUGGUGGGUCCACUGAGUCCCGCCGGCAAGCAGCCAGUGGUUAACCAGCAGCCACAGCAGCACGCCCUGAUGACCAGCCCGCAGGGCAGCAACAUGAGUCCACUGGCCAGUCCAACGGCUCGGGUGGUGGCCACCAACAGCUCGCCCACCACCAGCAAGCCGAACAGCUACCAGCCAAGGAGCCAGCAGCCCCAACAGCCCUCGCCCAAGUCGGUGAUUGAGUUGCAGACGUCGCCGCAACUGAUCCCUGUGCCGCUGCAGAAGAUGCCGCCCAUGGCAGUGCCCCACCACCCGACCAUCAUCAGCAAGGUGGUGACGGUGCAGCCGCAGCAGGCGACCCAGUCGCAGGUGGCAAGCUCACCGCCUCUGGGCAGCCUGCCGCCGCACAAGAACCUCCAUGUCAGCGGCCAGCAGCAGCAGCAACACCACCAGGCCCAGCAACAGCAGCAGCAGCAGCACUCGCCCCAGAUGAUGGCCAAGAUGGCGGCACACCAGCAGCACGUCCAGCACCUGAUGCACCAGCAGAUCAUGCAACAGCAAAAGUACCAGCAGAUCCAACAGCAGCAGCAGCAGCAGCGCAUGCAUGGCCAGCCCCAGCCACUGACUCCUGUCCAGCAACAUCAGUUGCAGCAGCAGCAGACCCAGGCCCAGCAGCAGUUGAACCAACAGCACCAGGCCCAACAGCAGCAGCUCAGCCAGCAGCACCAGGCCCAGCAGCAGCAGCUCAACCAGCAGCACCAGGCCCAGCAGCAGCAUCUCAACCAGCAGCAGCAGUUGCAUAUCCAGAAGUUGCAGCAGCAGCAGAUCCAUGUGCCACAGCAGCAGCAACAGCAGCAGCAGCAAUCGUCGCCCCAGGGAGGUCCCCAUCUGGUGCCACAAACUCCUAUGUUUGCCCAACAACCUCCUCAGCAGCAGCAUCUUGGCCCGCAUGCUCCACCCAGAGGUGGACCGCCACAACAGCAGCCGCAACAGUUGCCUCAUAGUCCACCUACCAAGCCGAACCCACUGCCAGGACAGCCUACAGCAAUCCUGUCGAGGGUUGGACCCCAGCAGUCGUUGCAGCCGCCACCACAGCACUCGCCGCAGCAGCAACAAGCCUCUCCUGGCGCUAGCCUGCCACAUCCGACGCCACUCAACGUCAUCCAGAGUGCUCCAAAGCUGAUUGUCCAGCAGCACAUUGUGCCGCCACCGAGCCAGGUGACUGGCCCGCCACCACCACCAGCAGCCGGACACACCACUACCACCAACGCCAUUCACUAUCCGCCGAACCAGGCCAACGAGAAGCCAGCUCCGCCGGGCCAUGGGGAGUCAGCAGCAAUGCUGGCCACUUUGAAGACCUCCGAGAGUGUCUCGGUCAUACGCACCCCCACCCCCACCACCAGCUCGGCAGUCAUCUCGCCCAAGGCCGGGCCAGGAGCUGCGUCCUUGCUGACGGAGGAGAAUCUCAUCAAGAUCUCGCAGCCGAAGCAGGAUGAGCUCAUCGAGCAGGACUCCAAGGAGGUGGACAGCGACUACUGGUCCGCCAAGGAGGUGAACAUCGACAGUGUGAUCAAGAAGCUCGAGCCUCCGGCCGCUGGCAAGGAUGUGGCUCCAGCAGCACCACCAGCACAGCCAGUUCCGGUCGCCAAUCCAGCAUUGGUGGAUAUGGCCAACCAGGAGAAGACCCUCCUGGCGAAUGUGAACAGCUCCAAUGACCACGACACCGAGGAUGAAACGGAAACGCGACAGCUGCCGCCGGUGAAGCUGUCCACGCCGACAGUGGGCAGGCCACCGGGACGAGGAGGAGCAACCAAGCGCGGACGACAACCUCGAGGCGUCAAGAAGCAAGGAGGCAUUCCGCUAACGACACCAUCGCUGGCUGCCCCUGGGGCAGAUGCUGCUCUGGGCCUGCAGCCAGGAGACAACGGAGUCCAGACCCGACUGCGAAAGCCGGUCACUGCUCCCGUCACCCGCGGCCGGAAGGGUCGUCCGCCAAGGAAUCUCCUCCUACAGCAACAGCAGAUCCAACAGCAACAGCUGGCAGCAGCCGCAGCAGCAGCGGCGGCUACCCCACCAGUUGCCACACCACCUGUGGCCACUCCCAACCCGAAUCCCACUGUUGUGCUGACGGCUGCCGAGAAGAAGGCCAUCAACCAGGUCAUCACGCAAGUACAGGAGCAGAUGAGCGGCAGCAGCAGCAGCCAGGACAUCUACGAGUUCCACGAGGAUGCGGGCGAUGAGCCCGGAAAGGGCAAGGCAGCGGCCUCCAGCGCCAUGGCGCCUGGCGAGGACCAGCGCCCGCGGCUCAUACUGACCAUCAACAAGACCCAGCCCUCGAUCAAGAACAGCGCCACCGAUCCCGAGCAGGCUGGCAGUGACGUGUCCCAGUCGGCGGAUCCUUCGGGCGACAGUUCAGAGCUGGGCAACACCCGCAAGUCGCGACGCCUGCAGGAGAAGGAGGAUCGCAGCACCGUGGAUGACAUCAUCGAGGAUGUGGUCCGGAACACCAACACCCCGACCGGCAAUGCCCAGCAGCUUCCCAAGGGCGCCCAGACGCCGCCGCGACGCUCCGGCAGGAAUGCCCAGGCCAAGAAGGUCGAUGUGGUCCAGCCACCGAACUCUGUGGGCCGCCCCAGGCGGUUCAAGGACAGGAAGACCAUCACCGAUAUGCCGUCUAUGAUGGAGGAGCCACCAGUGGCUGGCAAUCCCACACCUCCGGCUGCUCCAGCGGCUCCUGUGCAUCUGCCACCAACGCCCGAGCCAGUGCAGCAGCAACAGCCGCCAGCACACAUGCCGCGGCUGGACAGCAAGGAGGUGGAGACUCCGACUCCGGUGUCGGUGCCCGUCUCUGCGGCACCCGUGCCGGUGUCGGUACCGGUUCCAGUGCCCGUUUCCCUGCCCAUGCCAGUUCCAAAGCCAACCAUGCCUCAGCAUCCCAAGAAGAAGGCCAUUGCCGCGGCAGAGAUCGAAUCCUACCAGGCCAUAAACUCGUCCAUACCCAGCGGCGGCCUGCCGAUGCACCAGACAGCAGCGCCGGCCACCCAGAAGAUCACGGGCGGAGCAGCCGAUGCGGUGAGCAAGGCUCUGGUGGAUCCAGUCACGGGCGUCAUCACAGCCGGCAUGCCGCAGGGCAAGGAGGGCAACCUGCCGGCAGCUACGGCCGCUGCCUCGGCCAACAGCAGCAGUGACAUGGGACCUCUGGGCCCGGCCAACAACUUCCAGCAGCAGCAACAGCAGCACCUCCACCAGCAGCAGCAGCAGCAGCCCCACCUGCCGUUGCAGCAUCCCCAACAGAACCAGCCAGGUCUGCAGCAGAUCAGUGCCACAGUCAUUGCCCCGGCCACCACUCCGAUCACUUCCCUGGGCAAGCCCGUCCAACUGGAGCUGAACAAGCCAGUGAGCGUGCUGGUGAAGGGCAAUCCCAACCCGAUGGUGAUCCAGCAGCAGCAGCCGCCACAGCAAAUGGUGGUGCCGCCGAAGCAGCCGAUUGUGAUCCAACAGAGUCCGCUGCCGACGGUGUUGCAACAUGCCCAGCACACUAAUGUGCGGCCACCGCAGCCCCUCAAGGCCCAUGUCCUGAACCGGGAGAAGAAUCUCCAGCAGCAGCAACAACAGCAGCAACAGAUGACACCCACGAAACAGCCAGGAGCUAACCAACAACCGCUUCCGGGCCACAUGCUGCUGACGGAUGCCGCCGGCAAUCAGCAACUACUGCAGCCCAACCAGAUGAUAGCUCGCCAUCUGCAGCAGCAACAGCAGCAGCACUUGAUGGUGAACGUGCCCCCGCCGACGGCCCACUCGCCGCACUCCCCCAGGAUAGCCGGCCAGGGAGCUGGAGUCGCUGGAAACCCACAGCAACCGCAGCCGCAGACGCUGGUGAUCAAGCAGGCCACUUCGGCCGCCCCGCAGCAGAUCCUGCAUGUGGUCAGCUCGAAGGCCUCGGUGGCAGCCACACCGCCGCCCACAUCCUCGGCGGGAGCUCAUCUGCAAAUGGCCAAGCCCAACUUUGGCUAUGCGCCACCCACCUCCACGGCAGCCGUGGUGCAGCAACAGCAGCUCUACAAGCCGCCCAACCAGCAACAGAAGGGUGCUCCGGUCCAGAUACCUCCCCACGGGAUGAUACUGCCCACGCAUCCGGCCCUGUUGCUGCAGCAGAAGCCUCCAGCCCAUCUGCAGCCGCAGCAGCACCAGCUUACGCCAUCGCCACCGCCGGGAAAACCCAAUCCUGUGGUUCACAGCCUGCAGGCUGGCCAAAUCCUGCCCGUAAAUGUGGGUAGCCCGCCGCCGGUCUCCGCUGCCGUCUUGAAAUCGGCUCAGCAGCAGGUGAACUCGGCAGCAGCAGCAGCCGGUAAGUUGACUAUGAUGAGCUAUAGUCCACAAACGGAUCUAAUCAAUGACCAUUUCCUUGCAGUCUUGCGCACGGCCAUCCCGAACAUCAGUCCGCAAGGUCAGCCCAGGGUGUCGCCGCUGGUUAUGCCUCCGGUGAUGACCGGAGUGCCUGCCUUUGAUGCCAGUUUGCAUGACCUGGGCGCCUAUGUCAGUGGACGGCGCACCCAGAGUCCGCCUCCGGCCCAUCAGCAGGCAUCGCCCAUAACACCGAACGAUUCCACGUACCGAGGAGUGCCUCCGCCCAGGGAGUUUAUGAUCUACCAGCAUCACCUGAUGCGUGGCGGCGACUACGAUGACAAAAGCAGUCCGCCAUUGGAACUCAGGCGACCUGGCAGCGGGCCACCCAGGACCAUUGCAGUGCCGCAUAGUCUGCAGAGUCCACAAGAUCGCACAGCAGCGGAUUCCCCGCAAAUGGCUCAGGUUUAUGUCCACAAUGCUCGCAUUCCUCCGGCUCACUUCAGCGACAUGGCCACGCGGGCCACGGGCUACUAUGAUGGUGGCGGCAUACAGCUGGAACCACCGCCAGCCCAUCGACCAGCUGCCUCCAUCAGUGUGGUGGUGCCCCCACCAAUGCCCGCCGUUUCCACCAGUCCGUUCAUCGGUCGCGAUGGGGUGUUGCAUCCUUCCAAGCCGAUAGAGAUGCAGCUGGAUGAGCGUGAGAUGGAGCGCAUGUCCAUGAUUGCAGCAGCUGUUAAACAGCAGCAGGAGCAUCUGCCACCGGGCCUGCACGCCGGCCUGGAGAUCUCUGCCCAACAGGCACCGCCGGCCAUCCCCCCACCAGCUGGUGAUUCUCUAAUUACCCUGCUGCAGCGUUACCCUGUAAUGUGGCAGGGUCUGUUGGCCCUGAAGACCGAUCAGGCUGCCGUCCAGAUGCACUUCGUCCAUGGCAAUCCGAAUGUGGCGCGAGCUUCGCUGCCCAGCUUGGCGGAUACGAGCACGCCGCUGCUCAGGAUUGCGCAGAGAAUGCGACUGGAGCAGACCCAGCUAGAGGGAGUGGCCAAGAAAAUGCAGGUGGAUAAGGAGCACUGCAUGCUUUUGGCCUUGCCCUGUGGACGCGACCAUGCUGAUGUGCUGCAGCACUCGCGGAACCUACAAACUGGAUUCAUCACCUACCUGCAACAGAAAAUGGCCGCCGGUAUCGUAAACAUACCCAUACCGGGAAGCGAGCAGGCGGCCUAUGUGGUGCACAUCUUCCCGGCCUGCGACUUCGCCAACGAGAACCUGGAGCGAGCCGCCCCCGAUCUCAAGAAUCGUGUGGCCGAGUUGGCACAUCUCCUGAUCGUCAUCGCCACUGUGUAAAGGACACAGACUAAUACCGGACUUGAUCUAUAACCGGAUUUGGAAUAAAACCACAGGAAGAGACAAACUAAAACCACGGAAUAGAAACAGAAAAAGAUUGAAGAACCGAAAGAAUGGAAGCAAAAACAAGUUACGCUCUUCUAGUAUUUUAAGUAAUUUUAAAUAGCGAUUAAACAAGCAAAAGUUUAAAAAA